AUCCCACAAUCCUCUCCACAUAUAUUUCCGGUCUAUCUAGCUUUGGCGUCAGUGUUAUUCCUAUUUGUCGCGCAGCAGUGUCCAGUGAAUCUAGGCUAUAAAGAAUUUGUUGUUCGUUGACCGUGUCGGUUUUCACUGUUUGGAAUCAGUCAAAUUUAAGGAGUCGCCGCCGCUGCCAUCAACAUGUCAGUCCCAAGCGCACUCAUGAAACAACCGCCUAUUCAGUCUACGGCUGGGGCCGUCCCAGUCCGCAAUGAGAAAGGUGAAAUUUCUAUGGAAAAAGUGAAGGUGAAACGCUAUGUAUCUGGAAAGAGGCCAGACUAUGCCCCUAUGGAGUCCUCAGAUGAGGAGGAUGAAGAGUUUCAGUUCAUUAAGAAAGCCAAAGAACAAGAAGCAGAGCCUGAGGAACAGGAAGAAGAUUCAUCUAGUGAUCCCCGUCUGAGGCGUUUACAGAACCGUAUUAGUGAAGAUGUGGAAGAAAGAUUGGCUCGACACCGGAAAAUAGUGGAACCUGAAGUGGUCGGAGAAAGUGAUUCAGAAGUAGAAGGAGAUGCUUGGCACAUGGAACGAGAAGAUAGCAGUGAAGAAGAAGAAGAAGAAAUUGAUGAUGAGGAAAUUGAGCGGCGCCGAGGGAUGAUGCGUCAGCGAGCACAGGAGAGAAAAAAUGAAGAGAUGGAAGUGAUGGAGGUGGAGGAUGAGGGACGCUCUGGGGAGGAGUCUGAAUCAGAGUCUGAAUAUGAAGAGUACACAGACAGUGAAGAUGAAAUGGAGCCUCGCCUUAAGCCAGUCUUCAUCCGAAAGAAGGAUCGAGUGACAGUCCAAGAACGUGAAGCUGAAGCAUUGAAACAGAAGGAGCUGGAGCAGGAGGCAAAACGCAUGGCUGAGGAGAGGCGCAAGUACACACUCAAGAUUGUAGAAGAAGAGACCAAGAAGGAGCUGGAAGAGAACAAGCGGUCCCUAGCUGCACUGGAUGCACUCAAUACAGAUGAUGAAAAUGAUGAGGAGGAAUAUGAGGCAUGGAAAGUUCGGGAGUUAAAGAGAAUCAAGAGGGACAGAGAAGAUCGUGAAGCGCUCGAGAAGGAGAAGGCAGAAAUCGAACGCAUGCGAAACCUGACUGAGGAAGAACGGCGAGCUGAGCUUCGGGCAAAUGGCAAAGUCAUUACCAACAAAGCUGUUAAGGGCAAAUACAAGUUCUUACAGAAGUAUUAUCAUCGGGGAGCCUUCUUCAUGGAUGAAGAUGAAGAAGUAUACAAGAGAGAUUUCAGUGCACCUACUCUUGAAGAUCAUUUCAAUAAAACCAUUCUUCCUAAAGUCAUGCAGGUCAAGAACUUUGGACGUUCUGGCCGUACGAAAUACACCCACCUUGUGGAUCAAGAUACCACUUCCUUCGACUCAGCUUGGGGUCAAGAGAGUGCCCAAAACACAAAGUUCUUCAAACAAAAGGCAGCUGGAGUACGAGAUGUAUUUGAGCGGCCAUCUGCCAAGAAGCGGAAAACUACCUAGAAUUUAAUUACUUGAAGUCUUCCAACUUUAGGACACACAGGAGAAUCACAGCACUUGGUCCUUCAUUUACUUUUAUUUCAUGAGAGCCAACCUAUUGGGCCUAUUGUCAUACUUGUAACAGUGAGCUGCCCAGCAUUUGAAGAAGGUGCUUUAUGGGUUUGGACUCAUGCUGAGAAACCUACAGAAAAGCACUGUCUAGAAAGGAUUAGAGACCACUAACUUAAAACUUUGAGAAAUUUUAGGUUUUAUCACUGCUGUGGCUUCCCUUAAUCACAUGAGAUUGUUCAGUUUCUUUUUUCAGGUCCUGAGCUUGAAUCAGAAACAUGGGCACGUUAAUGGACAGUAAUUACGUCUGCCUUAGACUAAUUUAAGCUCAUUGAAAACCUGUUUUGCAUUUCUUGGUUGGAGUAAAUUUUUUUUAGAUGAAACAUAUUUUUGAUCCAUUUAUGUGUAUUAAAAAACAAAAAGAUCACACACCAGGAAAAAUUUUAGCAUGCUACUGGAAACAAAAUGCACAGGAUAACAA